AUGUUGGAGAUGCUUGAAUACAGCCACUAUCAGGUGCAGUCACACCUGGAGAAUCCUACCAAAUACCAUAUCCAGCAGGCUCAGAGGCAGCAAGUGAGGCAGUAUCUGUCCACCACCUUGGGUGGUAAAGCCGGCAGCCAGUGUCCCAGCCAGCCCCCCGAACACGGCAUGCCACCCGGGCCCGGCAGCAGUGCCCCUAAUAGUCCCAUGGCCCUGCUCACCCUUAGCUCCAACUGUGAGAAAGAGAUGGAUGAUGUCAUUGAUGAUAUAAUUAGCUUGGAGUCAAGUUACAAUGACGAUGUUCUUGGACUUAUGGACCCAGGACUCCAAAUCAACAACCCGCUCCCUGUGUCUGGUAACCUUCUGGAUGUGUACGGCAAUCACGGUCAUCCUCUCCCGGGCCUCGGUAUCAGCAACUCUUGUCCACAAAACAUUAAAAGGGAAUACACAGUUACUCCAGCUCCUGGCAUGAAGCAAGUACUGGACAAGCCUGGAUCCUGUGGCCAGUACGAAAACUAUCAAAGGCCAGAGGGCUUUCCAGUAGAAGCUGAAGUUCGUGCUCUUGCUAAAGAAAGACAGAAGAAGGACAAUCACAACUUAAUUGAACGAAGACGGAGAUUCAAUAUCAACGAUCGCAUCAAAGAGCUAGGAACCUUGAUACCUAAGUCAAAUGAUCCAGACAUGCGCUGGAAUAAGGGCACCAUUCUGAAAGCCUCAGUGGACUAUAUCAGGAAGCUGCAGAGAGAGCAGCAGAGAGCCAAGGAGCUCGAGUGCAGACAGAGAAAGGUGGAGCAUGCAAACCGCCAUCUAAUGCUUCGUAUACAGGAGCUGGAGAUCCAAGCCCGUGCUCAUGGUCUUACAGUGGUGCCAUCCCCAUCUAUCUGCACGUCAGAGUUGAUGACCCGGGCCAUUAAACAGGAACCCGUGAUCGGUGACUGCCCCUCAGACCUCUACCAGCAUACCUCGGCUCCUGACAUGUCCCCUCCAACCACACUGGACCUCAACAACGGCACCAUUACCUUCGACCAGAUUCCCUCAGACGCCGGGGACACUGGCCCCUAUGGAAACUCCAGGACCUGUAAAAUGAAGGAGCUGGUAAGGGACAACACCCUGUCACCAAUUUCCCAUAGCGACCCUCUGCUGUCCUCCAUGUCCCCAGAUGGCUCCAUCAACAUGAACAGCCACCACAGUUCCAGCUCCAGUAUGGAGGACAAGGAGCAUGGCUGUUAG